AUGGGAUCUGUGUUGCCAUUCUUAGUACUAAUAUCCGGUACCGUAACAUAUGUCAUGGCAAACAAAAUGUCAGACAAAGAAAAGAGUAAUCUAGAGUCACAAAUGGAAAGUAACAAAGAUAAAAUAGCAGCAAUGGGCGUUAAAUUUGAUUCAAUUAUAAACGAUUUGAUGAUUUCGCUAAAAGAUGAGCAUGCAAAAGGCGAUGUGCUGAAGAAGUUUGUGGCCGCACACCCUAACAUAGACACCAGCGUAGCCCAAUCUAUAGGUGUAGUGUUGACUAAUUCUAAGUUAGUAGACUCCAAGGUCACUGAACUACUGAACAAAUUGGAUAUUUCUAAGAAACUUCUAAAUAAUGGCAACGAUGCCAAUUUGAAAUGCCUACAAAUGAUUGUAAACUACUCAGAUGAAAGCUCAGAUGCUGAUUACAUUAAACAAAUUUGUACAGAUGCUCAAAUGAGUUUAGUUAAAGCGAUUCAAAUAUUUAACGAUGAACAACAGUUAACAAAUGAAGUUUCCCAUGCCCAAAAGUUGAUCAUGGAUUCAACCAACACAUUUAGUAAUGUGCAAAGUAUAAUCGAUAAAUUCAUCCAAUCCAAUAGUAAUCCAUCGGCCCCAAAGACAGAUCCUAUUGACAGUUAUCCCACUUCAUCAACAAUUAAAUCAAUACAAACACAAUUACCGGCCAUACAACCCUUAUCUACACCAAAUACGUCACCGCUGCCCAAAGACAUGAUCCAUACAAAUACUAGUACUAGUCUAAAGGACAACUUGAAUGCUAGCAAUAAGAAUAAUUUUUCAGUGGACAAUAUUAAUACCAAUCAAGCAACUGCCUUGCCAUACGAUCCUGUAGCUCCAUUGCCACCUCCAAUAGACGCCACAGGGACGCCAUCGCUUCCACUGGAUGGAGUAUCUACUGUUUUGACUGGAAAUGGCCAACCUAUUCCCACUAACGCCGCUGUUACUCCUAUGACGAACGAUCUAACUCCAACUGGCAAAGUCAAUACUUUAGCCGAUGUAAUAAAUUCAACCAGAGGGGGUGAAGGAACAAUAGGUGCAAAUUUCGUGCGAGACUAUACCGAUGAGGAAUAUGCCAUUUUAUUGGAAAGGAUUCGGAAAUCGGUGGAAUUUCAAAAUAACCUGAUAGUACGCAAUAGAUUGUACCUUUCCCGGUUUGACGAGAUAUUAACAUCAAUUAAUAAGGUAAAAGAGAUCUUAAGGGGGGCAAUAAGUAGUAUCCCUAGGGUAUCUGUAGAUUAUGAUCAGACAAUUCUGCAGUUUGACAAACUUACCGAGAAUUCAGACGAUAUUGAAAGGGCGCUCAAUGACACAAGGGGUAAACUGCUCGAUGAUGUAAAUCUACUCAUACAAUUGUCACAAGAAUCCAAAAAUUGCGUUGAUAACCUAGUGGUAAAAUCAAGCACAACCUACAAUAAGUGUGUUGGUGUGUUCAAUUACUGGAACGACAAUUCACAGCGUUUGCAACUGGAUCAAAACGAUGCCGCAUUGUUUACACGAGCAGAGAUAAUUAACAAGUCAAUGAGCGAUAUGAUCACUUCGAUUAAGGCAAGCGGGAUGUUUAUGAACAAAGAUGCUUCGGAUAAUGAGACAAGAGAUGUUCCAGUGGCUCAAUCGUCGGAUGGUGAAUUUGUCUCCGAGCUUAAUGGUAUGAAACCCCUUACACAAACUGAAGAUGUAACACAAAUGGCAAAUGAUGCCAAUGAUCUAAUAAAGUCUAUACUCAAGGAAAUACUUUACACAGAAACAUCAUUUAAUAAUAAUUACCAAAUAGCACAAGAAUCACAGACCGAAAUGGAGAUAUUGUCGAAGAAUCCAGAGUUUUCCAAUCCCAUUCAUAAGAAUUUUUUUGACGAGUGCAAGCAAGUUCUCAAAAAUUCGCAAAUAAUACCAAACAACAACGCAAUCGCCACAAAAUUUUUCGCCACAAACAAGGACGAAAUUAAUGAAAUAACGAACGAUCUCACCGUUUGUAUAUCAACACUCACAAACAUGAAUGAGCACUCGGAUGAUAAGAAAAGUGUUAUGGAAAAGUGCAGACAGGCAGCAUCGAGGACGAAUAAAUUGAAUGAUGUGUUGAAGGGAGAUGAAUUUCAGAAUUUAAUCACACAUAUGGAAAAUGCCGCAAAAAUGUUAUCCCAGCAUGCAAUUUCCAUGCGUACAAUUGCAAAGGCUGAUGCACCGCUUGCCGAACCUGCCAUUAACGAGAUUUCAAAUGAUGCUAAAAUCGCUCCGGAUGAUAGUGCGAAUGGUACUAAUUAUAAUAAUUAUUUGAGAAGCUCCGAGGUUGACAGUUCGGCCUUGAUGGAUAUAAAGCCUUCCUCAACUAAGAUCUUGAUGUCGCUACCUUUAAUUGUAAUUUCAACAAUUGCGUUGAUUUAA